AGGCGCAGAGACACACACACGCCCCAUUAUGGCAGGGGCUGUCAGAGUGACUGUGGAGGGAGGAUGGUCUGUAGGACUAGAGUAGCUCGGAGGCACAGCUGCAUCUGUUCAAAAAGCAACUAACGCCUCUCUGUGACCAUGCUUUAUUUUCAGCUUGUCAUCAUGGCUGGAACUGUUCUGCUUGCCUACUACUUCGAGUACACCGACACUUUUCAGGUGCAUAUCCAAGGUUUCUUCUGUCAGGAUGGCAAUUUGAUGAAACCAUACCCUGGGACAGAGGAUGAGAGCUUCAUUUCACCUCUUGUGCUGUACUGUGUGCUGGCUUCAACUCCAACAGCUAUUAUUUUUAUUGGUGAGAUAUCCAUGUAUUUCAUAAAGUCAACCCGAGAAACCCUAAUUAUUCAAGAGAAAACUAUUUUGACUGGAGAGUGCUGUUACCUGAACCCACUGCUUCGAAGAAUAAUACGUUUUAUAGGAGUGUUUGCGUUUGGACUUUUUGCCACUGACAUCUUUGUAAACGCUGGGCAGGUUGUGACUGGGAACUUGGCUCCCUACUUCCUGACUGUGUGCAAACCCAACUACACUGGCAAUGUCUGUCGGGCCCACCACCAGUUCAUAAACAAUGGCAACAUCUGCACUGGAGAUGUGGAGGUGAUUGAAAAGGCAAGAAGAUCCUUUCCAUCCAAACAUGCUGCUUUGAGCAUCUACGCUGCUUUAUAUGCCACG